GGUCCUCGGGAGAUGCGGCUGCCGCGGUUGCAGUGGUCGCGCACGCCGCAGCCGGUCAGCCCGCUCCACUGCCGCCGCGCUGGGGUGUCCGAGGGCGCGCCCCAGUCGGGCCAUGCAGCCGGGAGCGGCGCUGCAGGCGGUGCUGCUGGCCCUGCUGCUGGCGGGGCCGCGGGACGCGAGCGGUCGCCUGCUGAGCGGGCAGCCAGUCUGCCGGGGAGGGACGCAGAGGCCUUGUUAUAAAGUCAUUUACUUCCAUGAUACUUCUCGAAGACUGAACUUUGAGGAAGCCAGAGAAGCCUGCAGGAGGGACGGGGGCCAGCUAGUCAGCAUCGAGUCUGAAGAUGAGCAGAGACUGAUAGAAAAGUUCAUUGAAAACCUCCUGGCGUCUGACGGUGAUUUCUGGAUUGGGCUCCGGCAGCGUGAGGAUAAGCAGAACAACAGUACGGCCUGCCAGGACCUUUAUGCUUGGACUGAUGGCAGCACGUCAAAAUUCAGGAACUGGUACGUGGAUGAGCCUUCCUGCGGCAGCGAGGUCUGCGUGGUCAUGUACCAUCAGCCGUCGGCACCUGCAGGCAUGGGAGGCCCCUACAUGUUCCAGUGGAAUGACGACCGGUGCAACAUGAAAAACAAUUUCAUUUGCAAAUACGCUGAUGAGAAACCAACAGUUCCUUCCACGAGGCCUGGAGGUGAGGCAACAGAGUCAGCAAGACCCAUACUUCCAGAAGAAACACAGGCAGAAGAAGAUGCCAAAGAAACAUUUAAAGAAAAUAAAGAAGCCACCCUGAAUCUUGCGUACAUCUUAAUCCCCAGCAUCCCCCUUCUGCUCCUCCUCGUGGUCGCCACGGUCCUAUUGUGGGUUUGGAUCUGUAGGAGAAGAAAACAGGAGCAGCCUGGUCUUAGCACAAAGGAGCAACACGCCAUCUGGCCCUCUCCUCACCAAGAGAACAGCCCAGAUUUAGAGGUUUACAAUGUCAUUAGAAAACAAAGCGAAGCUGACUUAGCUGAACCCCGGCCCGACCUGAAGAAUAUCUCGUUCUGGGUGUAUUCCGGAGAUGCCUCUCCUGACGACGCAUCCUGUGACUACGACAACGUGGCCGUGAACCCGUCGGAAAGCGGGUUCGUGACGCUGGCGAGCGUGGAGAGUGGGUUUGUGACCAACGACAUUUAUGAGUUCUCCCCAGACCAGACGGGGAGGAGCAAGGAGUCUGGAUGGGUGGAAAAUGAGAUAUAUGGUUAUUAACGCAUCCGAAAAACUUGAACUGAUAAGAAUGGGAAACGAAUGAGAAGCAAGAUUCUAUUUUCUAUGAAGGAAAAUACUCAGAAGGUCUCUGCACAGAUCAGGUCCUGUGGGUGAGACGUCGUGUCCAUUAGCCCCUGGUGGAUGCCCCAAAUGUUGACUUUUAUCCCAGUACCCAGGGUCUGGCACAGAGUAGAGUCUCCAGAAAUGUCAGUUGGCUGUAUCUGACUUUCAAGGGACAAUGCUUUGCCUGGCAGGGUUAAGGUUGGCUGUGGAGCACCGAUAAUCCACUUCUAUUAAUAGGUCCUGUUUUCAGCCAGGCACGGUGGCUCACGCCUGUAAUCCUAGCA